CCGCCCGAUGGGUCUCAGGCUGCUCGCAGUUAGACGCUGCUUCCAAGUCCCUUAGCGGUUGUGGCCGCUCAGUCACCAAGGCUCCCUGGUACCCCCAUCGGCUCCACUUCGGUUGAGGCAUUCUCCACAGCCCCCGAGCGACAGAGAUCUGAGGAGUGGCAGGAAGAGACCCGGUGGAGUUGCUAUCCUCCUUCAUUCCCGGAGAUUCCUGCAUCUCGGCCCCCGCUCCACUAAACAGCGGGUGCCCCUUCUGGCUUCCCUCACGCAGACGCUCUUAGUACAAUCCGGGGAUUCCCCGCCGCCGCCGCCCCCUGACGUCACGGAGUCCCCCGAGGCCCCGCCCCGGUUUCGCCUCCUUCCGCGGGAGGUGCGCGCGGUGCAGGCGCGGGAGCUGCAAUGGAGGGGCCCGGCGCCCCCGGUGUCCCCUGGAAACGCCACAUAGUGCGGCAGCUUCGGCAGCGGGACCGCACGCAAAAGGCACUCUUCCUGGAACUGGUGCCUGCCUAUAACCGUCUCCUAGAGAAGGCUGAAUUGUUGACCCGGAUCUCAGAGAAGCUGCAGCCAGAGCCAAACGAUGCCACUCCUGCUACCCACCAGGGCCCCUGGGAGGAGGAAUCGGAGCCCGAUUCAGACCAAGUCCCUUCACCAACCACUCUGAGGAUGAAGUGGCAAGAGGAGGAGGAGGGGCUCCGGCUGGUCUGUGGUGAGAUGGCCUACCAGGUGGUGGUGAAGAGCGCAGCCCUGGGCGCCCUGGAGUCGACGCUGGAGGAGCGGCAGAGCAGGCUGGCGGCUCUGGAGGCCCGUGUGGCGCAGCUGCAGGAGGCGCGGGCGCAGCAGACCCGGCACCUGGACGCGCAGCGGGCGCUGAACGUAGCGCAGCGGGCGGCGUACGAGGCGCUCCGCGCGCAAGCCGGGCUCCAGGAGGCGGCCCUGCGUAGGCACGAGGAGGAGGCACGUGACCUGCUGGAGUGGCUCGUGCAGCGCAAGGCGCGCGCUGCAGCCGAGCGCAACCUGCGCAAUGAGCGCCACGAGAGGGCCAAGCAGGCGCGGAUGUCCCUGGAGCUAAAGAAGGCUGCCAAGCGGACAGUGAGCAUCAGCGAGAGUCCAAACACUGUAGGUGAUGGGAUCAGAGAGAUGGCUGAGACUGUGACCCUGACUGCUGAGCCCCUAUCCCUGGAGACUGAGGCUGGUGAGAAGUGGAAGAGGCCCUUCAGGUCUGCCUCCGCCACCUCCUUGACGCUCUCCCGCUGUGUGGAUGUGGUGAAGGGGCUUCUGGAUUUCAAGAAGAGGAGAGGCCACUCUGUUGGAGGAGCUCCUGAACAGCGAUACCAGAGCAUCCCUGUGUACGUGGCCGUCCAGCCUCCUACCCAGGUUCAGGAUGUGCUGAAUGCCCACCUCUCCGAGGUCAAUGCUGUUUGUUUUGGCCCCAAUAGCAGCCUCCUGGCCACUGGAGGGGCUGACCGCCUCAUCCAUCUCUGGAACGUUGUGGGAGGUCGUCUGGAGGCCAACCAGACCCUUGAAGGAGCUGGUGGCAGCAUCACCAGCGUGGACUUUGACCCUUCGGGCUCCCAGAUACUGGCAGCUACUUACAAUCAGGCUGCCCAGCUCUGGAAGGUGGGGGACGCACAGUCCAAGGAGACACUGUCUGGACACACAGACAAGGUGACGGCUGCCAAAUUCAAGCUAACAAGGCACCAGGCGGUGACUGGGAGCCGAGACCGGACAGUGAAGGAGUGGGACCUCGGCCGCGCCUACUGCUCCAGGACCAUCAAUGUCCUUUCGUACUGUAAUGAUGUGGUGUGUGGGGACCAUGUAAUCAUUAGUGGCCACAAUGACCAGAAGAUCCGGUUCUGGGACAGCAGGGGCCCCUGCUGCACCCAGGUCAUCCCUGUGCAGGGUCGGGUCACCUCUCUGAACCUCAGCCAUGACCAGUUGCAUCUGCUUAGCUGUUCCCGAGAUAACACACUCAAGGUCAUUGACCUUCGUGUCAGCAAUAUCCGCCAAGUGUUCAGGGCUGAUGGCUUCAAGUGCGGUUCUGACUGGACCAAAGCCGUGUUCAGUCCAGAUAGAAGCUACGCACUGGCAGGUUCCUGGGAUGGAGCCCUUUACGUCUGGGAUGUGGACACUGGGAAGCUGGAGGGCAGUCUACGGGGACCCCACUGCACUGCUGUCAACGCCGUGGCCUGGUGCUACUCUGGGAGCCACGUGGUGAGCGUGGACCAGGCCAGGAAGGUUGUGCUCUGGCACUAGUGCCAUGACUCCUGCCUGGGCUGGAGCUCUAGUCUAAAGCCCGAAGCCAGAGGACAGCUUCCCGCUGCUCACAGGGCUCCAGAACCAGUGGGGGUGGGGAUAGGGUGGAGGUGGCGGUGGCCUUAGGGCAUUUAGUGGUGAAUAAGGCCUGGCAGGACCUGGCCUGUCUGUUGAAGAACAAA